CGCCGUUGUCCAGCCGCUAGAGUUAGGAAGUCGGGAUGGAGCUACGCUCAUCUUAAACCUUUGGCCUGUAGUGCGCCGGGGCCCGGCCGGUGCUGCUGUGGCUGGGUGAGCGGGGAGCGCGGAGCGGCUUCUGGGGCAGUGCGGGCGAGCCCUAGCAGUGUGCUCCUCUUGUGCCAGCGUCGCCCCGCCUCUAGGAUAGGACCCGCCCCCGCCCUCCUGUCUGGGACCUGGCAAGCGUUUCUGCCCGGCUGCCCCGCCGCCCUGCAUCCGGUCUCAAACAGCUGCUUGGAGCGGAUGUGCGGCAGAGGGGGACAGCUAUCUCCCCGUCGCAUACAACCCCUGCUAGCAUCUUCGUGACGCUCUCCCAGCCUGUCCAAACCCUGGCCUGGAGCAACCCGUCCUGAACCCUCAUGGAGAAGUUUGGAAUGAAUUUCGGGGGCGGCCCAAGCAAGAAGGACCUGCUGGAGACCAUUGAGACUCAGAAGAAGCAGCUCCUCCAGUACCAAACACGUCUCAAGGAUGUAGUCCUUGCCUAUAAAAGUCUGCUGAAGGAGAAAGAGGCGCUGGAGGCCAGCAUUAAGGUACUGUCUGUAUCCCACGAGGCGGAUGUGGGCCUCGCAGGUGUGCAGCCUCAAGGCCUCACCUUUCCUGACUCUGUGGAUGACCGAUGUUCCACUCACAGCGAGGAUAGCACAGGGACCGCCGCCAGCCUGGAUACUGCGGCCAGUCUCACCAGCACCAAGGGUGAGUUUGGGGUAGAAGAUGACAGACUGGCCCGUGGUCCACCACCUCCAAAGUUGGAAGAGGCCAGCGGGUCAGAGAGUGGCGUUAGCAGUAGUAGUGGGGACGGACCAUCUGGGGGUGGGGAGGUGGACAAACGACUGCACCAGCUGAAGACUCAGUUGGCUACUUUGACCAGCUCUUUGGCUACAGUCACCCAGGAGAAGUCCCGCAUGGAAGCUUCUUACCUGGCGGACAAAAAGAAGAUGAAGCAGGACUUAGAGGAUGCCAGUAAGAAAGCAGAGGAGGAGAGGGGCCGGCUGGAGGGAGAACUGAAGGGGCUGCAGGAACAGAUAGCAGAAACCAAAGCCCGGCUCAUCACGCAGCAACACGAUCGGGCCCAAGAGCAGAGUGACCAUGCCUUGAUGCUGCGUGAGCUCCAGAAACUGCUGCAGGAGGAGAGGGCCCAGCGCCAGGACUUGGAGCUUCGGUUGGAAGAGACUCGGGAAGCUCUGGCCGGGCGGGCCUAUGCAGCCGGUCAGAUGGAAGGGUUUGAGCUGCAGACCAAGCAACUGACCCGUGAGGUGGAAGAGCUGAAAGGUGAGCUUCAGGCUCUUCGAGAUGAGAAGAAUCAGCCUGACCCCCGGCUGAAGGAGCUUCAAGAAGAGGCUGCCUGCCUUAAGAGCCAUUUCCAGGCUCAGUUGCAGCAGGAAAUGAGAAAGACAGCCCUCGCUGAGGAUCAGCUGCGCCAGCAGUCGCAGUUGGAAGAGCAGAGGGUGGCGGCCCUGGAGAAUCAAAUAUCCCAGGUGUCGGAAUUGCUGGGCACCUAUGAGAAAGCCAAGCAGAAGGACCAGCUGGCCAUCCAGAAGCUGAAGGAGCGCAUUCUGCAGCUGGACCUGGAGAACAAAACCCUGGCUCUAGCGGCCUCCAGCCGGUCCCCUCUGGACAGCCAUGGAGAGGAGUCUAGUCUGGAUGUCAACGUCCUGAAGGACAAGAUGGAGAAGCUGAAGAGGCUGCUGCAGGUGGCGGCCAGGAAGAGCCAGGUGACCUUGGAUGUGGAGAAGCUCUGCGACCUGGAGAUAAUGCCCAGCUCCGAGGCUGCUGAUGGGGAGAAGGCCACAGCGCUAUACUACCAGCAGGAGCUGAAACAGCUGAAGGAGGAAUUUGAGAGGUACAAGAUGCGGGCCCAGGUGGUCCUCAAGAGCAAGAAUGUCAAAGACGGGAACCUCGGCAAGGAGCUGGAGGAAGCCCGGGAGCAGCUGGCCGAGCUGAAGGAGAAGUACAUCUCGCUGCGGCUGUCCUGCGAGGAGCUGGAGCGCCAGCACCAGCAGGAGGCCGAGGGCUGGAAGCAGGAGCUAGCCCGGCUGCAGCACGGCCACCGGCAGGAGCUGGAGCGCAGCCAGCUGGACUUCCGGGACCGCACACUGAAGCUGGAGGAGGAACUGCACAAGCAGCGGGACCGGGCGCUGGCUGUGCUGGCUGAGAAGGACCUGGAGCUGGAGCAGCUGCGGUCCAUGGCCUUGUCCUCCGGGCUGCCGGGGCGCAGAAGCCCCGUGGGUGGCGCAGGCCCCAGGGACCAGGCAGAUACCUCCACCCCGGACAGCUUGACCCAAGCCCUGCAGCUUGCUGCGGCCAGCGAGCCCACUUUCUUCCUGUAUGCCGAGCAGCUGGCCCGCAAGGAGGUGGAGAUCGCGUCGCUGAGGAAACAGAAGCACCGGCUGGAGGUGGAAGUCCAUCAGCUGCAGGACCGCUUGCUGGAGGAGGGGGAGCGGCAUCGGGAGGAGGUGGGAGCCCUGCAGAGCCACAUCGCGAAGCACAGCAGGGACCAGAGUCGGGAGGGGGCCAACCUGGAGUACCUCAAGAACAUCAUCUAUCGCUUCCUGACCUUGCCAGAUGCCCUGGGCCGCCAGCAGACGCUCACUGCCAUCCUGACCAUCUUGCACUUCAGUCCAGAGGAGAAGCAAGCGAUCAUGCGGCUCCCAGCUGGUGGUGGUUGGUGGCCCUCUGGCAAGAGAUGAUGCCAUUUUCACUCCUCCGAUUUCUGUGCCUUGUCUGUGAGAAGGGACAGGCUCUGGUUUCUCCCACCCCUUCUCUUAUGUCUCUGUCUCGUUUCUUCACUGUGUUGACCUGGGAGGAAUCCUCAGUGUGGGAUGGGAUCUUCUGUCAAAUGCCAUUAAUACCAUUUUAUCCUUGGGCCCCAGAGAUACUGAAAGUGUUGGGACAGCAUCUUCUGAUGGCCUGUGCAUGAAGGGAGGAGUGGGGAGAGGUUAGGAUUGAGAGGUGCCAAAGUUGGGGUAGUGAAUGUCUUUUAAAAUAAGGUGGGUUUUCUUUUUUUUUUUUGGUUUUAAUAUCCUGCUCCUAGUGCAGAACUAGGAGUACGUAUGACUCCAAAGGAAGUUCAGUUUAUUUCUAAACACACACAAGGACCCACUAUUUACUCCAUUUCAUCACAGUCUUGAGUCUGGCCCACUGCUGCCGCAAUUCUCUGGGGACAUAGAUGCAGGCUGGAGAGGGACCAGGAAGUUUGAAAUAGUGACAGAUUGUCCCCUAGUCCAAAGGGCCCAGGGAUAGUGAACUUGGGGAGUUCAUCGUGGAACUGGGAAACUUGAAAUACUUAGGGCAGGGCAUGACCUAAUCCCUGUGGUUUGUCUGGACAAACCACGCCACUUGUGACCAUCCUGGAGAAAGCCCUGCACACCAGUUGGUUCUUAGGGAUUUCUUGAGUGACAUGCUUUUGGCCUGGAUAGGCUUCUAGACCUCUCACACUUGUCCCUCCCUGCCAUAACCUGCUGUACAGUGUUGGCUUGAGACUGUGAGUGAGUGACUUUGCUGUCUAUCCCUCAAUGUUGAACUCCCAUUAAGAAAAAAAAUCUACCUUCUUAAAGAGAGGUGUCUGAUCAGGAAGCUCUGAUCCUGCCUGGAUACAAAGAAUUAGCCCUGAGAUUUACACCACCCACCCCCAACUAGUUGUGCUUCAGAGGAUUCCAGAGAGAUGCUGUGACCCUCACGAGAAAGUGGUAGAAAUUCAGUCGAAUAGGGCUGGGGUACUUGCUACGCUAUGGAUAACCUUCUGGCUAAACCUCCAUGUCCCUGUAGCCAAAAUGUUCGUGCAUUCCUGUCACCAGGGUCCUUUGCCCUCGCUUAGGGAGGUCACAGUGUUUCAGUCCAUAAAACUCAUCUUCCUCACCUGUGUUAUUACUAAUGGAGGGACUCAGAAAAGUUGGAUUCAAACACUAUCAUUUCCUUAUUCUUUGCUUUCCCCCAUCUGCUCUUGUUGGUUGUAGAGAUCUUUGGACCCUAAAGAUGAGUGCUCUGCCACAGACUAAUAUGUAUCUUUCUGUUCUUCAUCAUAGUGAUCUGUGUUGUGAGGGUUUGGGGCUGAUUAAAUAAAAUGAUUGGGAGGCUAGGUGAUCCGGGCUAUCUGGAGUGAGCAGACUUAAUGGAACAGAAGUGAUGCGUUCAAGUGAUAAUGACAAUAACCACAGAAUCAUUAAACUUGAUCAAUUUGACCUGUUUGCUUCCCUAAUGGUAUGUAUAUACAUGCAUGUAUAUGUCUGGACACAGAGUGUGAAUGUAAGUGGUAAACGAAAAGGAGGUAAGAAAUACUUCAUAUAUUAAUUGACAAGCUUAAAUCUAGGGAGGGAUACCUUAGUACUUUAACUGCCUCAGUUACAAACCAAAUAUUUUAGCCUGGAAUUGUGUAUAGGUGUUUGUGUGUAGGCUGUUAUACUGGAAAAAACCUUCUCAUGGGUGGGCUCUAAACUUCCAUAAUUUCUGCUUUAAACUUUGAAAGUAAUGUGCUUCUGAAUGCUUUAUUAUAUUUCCAAGUCAGUAUUCAUGAUAUCCUGGAAAAGUUUCUCAGGAUAUAUCCUAAGUUCCUUGUAGGAUAUGAUGUUAUUUCCAGGUGGUUUGAAUGGAAUAGAAAGAUCCAUAGUCACAGUUGCUUUCCUAGAACUAAUGAUUCUGUGCUUUUGAAUUCAGAGGAGAUACUAAACAAGCGAAGAGGCAAGUCAGUGUCUGAUUAAUAAUUGUAAGCAUUGGUAUAUGUAAGGCUGCAAAUGCUCCCAAAUGAAAGGAAGAAGACUUGGUCCCUCCCUACCCUUAAGAGGAUAAAUUCCUUGUCUUCCCUCCCCUUUCUCUAAAAUAAGUUUUCCAGUUAUUUGACUAGCUUUCUCUGUGCUAGAUACUCUAAGGAAAGAGAGAGAGAGAAUUUAGAUCAAACAACAGAGAGAAAUAAAUUUUCCUUGGGCCCUGGUCCUAAAAUUUCAAGUAGUGCAUGGGGUAUGUUGAUAAGGUAAUGAGACUGAGCCAUAUUUAUUACCUUGCAAAUCAGGAAGAUUGCUGCGAAGAAGAGGAGAUGGAGAAAAGGAUAAGGCAGGUUGGUGACUGUGAGCUUUCUGCAUUCCUUCCCACAGGCCACCCUAUUGAGCAUCUCCGAUCUGAGGCAUAAACAUCUGUAUAAUUGUGUCCUAGAUGUUGGAAUUUCCCAUCUGUUACCCAGAGCUCUGAGGCGCGCAGCUUGUCUUGUGAAGCUGCUACUACAGGGUUCUUUCUGGCACUCUCAAGAGUGCAAGCACCAUGUUGGGCCACUUACAUCCAUCAUGUCCUCAUAGAUGUUAUCAUUCCCUAUUUCACAGAUGAGGAAACAAAGGCCAAGAGGUUAAAUUUGCCCCGGAUCAUGUAACUAGUUGAUGUGUGAACCAGGUCUGAUAAACCCCAAAGCCUGCUUAACUUGGGUAUGCCUGUCUUCUUAGGACUUAGGAGGGUCAAGGCCUGUCUCCGUGGUUGAUAACUAGUGAUGGAGAGACUGAUCUCUUGGCUGAACUGUGCUAGUUCGAAUGGAGAGAGUCUCCAGCUAUGAGGAAAUGGAAGCUUGGCAGGAUGAAUUGCCCAAGGUCCAGAGCCAGGGAUGGCAGAACCUGGAUUGAAACCUGUUUAUCUGAACCAAGCAGCCCAGCUCUUUCUGCCUCUCUGCUGCCUCCCAGCAAAGAGCAAUGUGGAAUCCUCGAUCGUGGUGCCUGCCGAGGAGUUCAGGGGACUGUGUGUCUGGCCUGGGCUGGGAAGGAAGGGUCCUUGUCCAGGUGGUCCUUUCUUCACUGGCAACCAGCUGCCUCAUAAUUUCAACGGAGCCUCAGUUUUUUCCUAACUGCAGAGCUCUUUCACACCGAAAGUUGUGAAAUAGACUCUGUUACCACACAGUUUUAUGUGAGUUUCAGCAGUGACAGCUGUUUCUCCUGGGACCCAGAUCUCCUAAAUCACCUAAAUAACAAUAAUUCUGACAGACCCACAAGACAGGGAGCCCAGAAGAGCAAAGGCCACCUGUAAGCCAAUGACCCUCAUGGGUAACCCUGUCCCUUGACUUCAGCAGGAAGACCAUCUCUGGUUCAGUGUAAAUUUGUCCAUCCCUAUGGACUUAGCAGCAGCAGCAGCAUGGGCUGCUACUGAGGGAUGAAACCCUCUCAUAUCUGAGAGUGAAUUUGAAGACUGAUACCAGCUUACAUGAAUAUAAGGUUUUAAAUGCAAAUUACAUGCAAAAUUUUUUAUUAGCUGAAGCUGUGCUGUCUGUACAAAGUAUUUUGAGGGUUAGUAUUUAGAGUCAGGUCCAUUAUCUUACCUUUAUUUCAACACCUGUGGACUAUACAGGUGGCCAGGGCAAGGACACUCAUCCAAAGGGGUGUGAAAUUCCCCAGUCUGAGGCUUCAUUUUAAAAACUGGUUUAAAUAAAGGUAAGAAAUUGUCCCCUGGGAUAUCUGCCCACUUUGGAGACUUAGCCAGCAAGAGGGGAUUUGAAGGAGUCUGGAGACCAAACUUGUUUGUGUUGGUUUUAACCACCUACAGUAUCACCUACUGGGUUUACAUUUCCCAAACCUAGGAUCCUUAGACACAGUUUCCUCCACCUUCAAAGCCCCUCCCGGUGCCCCAUUCCAGCCCUCUGCAGUAUGGUCCUGUCCUUUCAGACUCAGCUAAAGCAUCACUCUCUCCAUGCUGAUUUUUUCCAUACCAAGGGAUGCCCAGGCACUUCCCUGAGGUCCUUCAGUACUUUGUUCAUACGGCCUUGAGCACAGUCAUUUCUUGUACUUUCAUUUUAAAUUGACUUCUCUGUCUCCCCAGCUACUCUAUAGACCCCCUCACUGUCAUGUCCAGGUCCUCUUCAUCUUCACACUCUCAGGAUUUUUCAUAACUUGGCACAUAUUAAAUGCUCAAUAAACAGCAGAAUGAAUAAAAGCAAGACUGAAAAUA